UAAGUCACGGUCUGUGCCAAUUGGCCCCCCCGGUCGUGCCAUUUAUACACACCGUGUCGCCGACCCGCCAACGUCACAGCGCAUCGCCCCCCUCGCCGCCUGAGCCUCGAGUCAGCUCGUCUCGACUACUCUCGAACUCUCCAUUCGACUACUCCCCAUCCCCCCCAGACCCGAACCUUCCCCUUUUCUGUUAUCUCUCUUCGAGAACGUUCGGGGCACACGCACUCUUCUCUGCUGCAACGACGUAAGAGGAGAGGCACAUGUGGGGGUUCAUACGGUGCAACGUUGUAAGUGCAUUCAUUGCCUCGAGAACUGAGUAUCAUUGCGCCUGUCGGUCGGCGCAACUAUUAGCCAUCAUGCGCGGCACAACCUCUUUCAAACUUUCGAUUAUUAUUCCAAUACGCACUCGUCAUGCAUGGCUGGUUCCCUGCCGUCGAAACUACUACUACCGAGUAGGUAGUACAGUAGAAAAAACAGGUUGCGGCGCCAGGGGGGUCGUAUGUACUGACGCGCUCACCCUCGCGCGCCGUGACUGGGUGGCUUUUGAGAUCGUCGGAUGCCUCGGAUCUCCGGGCUGUGCACGGGAACCGCAUCGCAUUGGCUGCAUAUCCCCCCGACGCCCCAAAGGCCUCCACGUUACUGUCUGGAAGAAUCCUUGCAGCCGACCACUCUCUUGUCUUGCGUGUUCUUCGUUUCAUAUUUGUGGUGCUUCAAGCUUGUCUGUUUCAACCUGUCCUCCACCACCUACCUUGACAGUUAACUGGACAAUACUACUCGAUGCUGAUUUCCUGAAGACUGGAGACUGAUGGAGACGAGAACGUGGAUCCCCUGUUGCUGUGUCGGUGGCCAAGAGAAUAUGUUCCGCACCGAGAGCCCUUACGAUUCAUACACAUAUAUGAGUGCCUGCUGUUCGCUGCCUAGGCCAUGCGAGCAGUGACCGGUUCCUGAUCAGAUUG